AUGGCAGCAGCAGCUGGAGAGUUUUUCUCUUCCAUCAACAGGACCAAACUGGGCAACAUCGAGGCAGAGAUCAAUGGAGACCCUGAAUUCAAGGCAUCUGCAGCCAAAGUCGACAAUGUUUGCUUUGGAGUCAGUGCAACAAACUCCGGCGAGACGCUUCUCUUCAGCAUCAAGCAGGCAACGGUGACAGUCCAAGAUGGUUCAGCCGCUGACUUGACGUCUCAGUUCGAGCUCAAUGCGCAAUCAGAACACUGGCAAGAAGUUUUCAAAGCCGUGCCCAAGCGGCCCUUUCAAUCAUACUGGGGAAUGCUCCGGCUGCUGGGCCAGAGUUCUGGGGUUGAAGUAACGGGCGACAAGGAAGCCUUCACCAAGUAUGCUCGGCUAUGGAGGAUCGUGUUAGACCGGGUCCGUGACGCACUACACCCUCCCCCGGCUGCGUCGACGGUGGCAGAGUAUACUUCGGAUGAUGAGCGUGACGACGACUCCAUCGUGGGCCACUACACCUGGCUGACUCUCGCACCGGUGGGGAAGUGCAAGAUCUUCUACGAAACCUCAGGCCAGGGCGAACAAGACGUCCUCUUCCUCCACACCGCUGGGGCCGACUCGCGGCAAUAUCACUCCCUCAUGCUCAACAAAGCCCUCCAAAGCAGAUGUACCAUGUACGCCUUCGACCUGCCGGGUCAUGGCCGCUCGUUUCCCGGCACGCACCAAUACCCCCAGUCAUACGCGAACAGCGAGGACUUCUACAUUUCGACCAUCCACCAGAUGAUCGUGAAACUCAAGCUCAAACGCGUCAUCGUCACCGGCGCCAGUAUGGGCGGCCAGGUGUGUCUGGCGGUCGCGCUGCGGGCCAAGGAGAUGGACGUCCGGGGCGUGAUCCCCUGCGAAGCGUGCGACUACCUGCCCGCACAGCAGGCAUCGGCCAUCUACUCGUUGCAAGGGGACGAGGCGAUCCUCAACGCCGAGCGGGUGUGCGGCAUGAUCUCGCCGACGUCGCCUGCCAUUUACAAACGGCUGAACUGGUGGCUGUACUCGGCGCAGGCCUCGCAGAUCUUCCCGGGCGACCUGAAGUUCUACUUCGAGGGCUGGGACGGCCGCGACCGCAUGGGCCAAAUCGACACCGCCGCGUGCCCCGUGUACAUGCUGACGGGGGAGUACGACUACAGCUGCUCGCCCGAGACGAGCCGGCACACGGCCGACAAAAUCCCCGGAGCCGUGUUCGAGGAGAUGAAGGGGCUGGGCCAUUUCCCCUUCAGCGAGGACCCGGAGCGCUUCUUGCCCUAUUUCACCCGGGCGCUGGAUCAUAUUAUAUCGCGCAAGGGGGUGUGA